CGGAAACCCGGGCCCCAAGGCUGCGCCUAACGGGCGGUGAGAGCCGAGGAGCAGGCCGAGGCCUGCGGGAGGAUGCAGUUCCCCGAGUGCCCGAUUCCUGUCCGGGCUGGGAUGCAGCUCCGGUGACGACGGUGUCGUGUGUGGAUGGCUCCCGUCUGAAGGGCGACGGGAGCGGGAACACCGCGGGGCUGCUUCCCCUGUCCGACUCUAUUUUGUGGGUUAGUGAGGAGCACUCAGUUUUCGUGCUGGCUCCUGUUGGUUUCUCCAGGGCUUCAGACCCCAGCUUACACUACACGUAGCAGAGGUUGUGUCUGUUUUGUUUACUGUCACCCUGCGCACCUGCGCGUGGCAGGCACAACACAACAGUGAGGAUACUUGGGAAGCCGGGUGAGGUCUGGAAAGAGCUUUGGAGCCAGGUCUGUCUAGGUUCCAAACUUGGCCCCGUCUAUUAUUAGCCUGGUAGCCUUGGUGGGACGCUUUGGCUGCCACAUUGAAAGGGGCCGUAAUAGUGCAACCUUGCCUGUCAAAGGUAUAUGGAGCACCUUGCACUGGGCGGCACAUGGUAGAUGUUCAGAUGUUCAGGAGUUGUUUUUUGGAUGUCAUCUCCCAAGAAAGUUCUCCAGUUCAUUAAGCAUGUCCUCUGCCAGGCUGUGCCAGGCAUUGGGUAGACAGAGACCAGUAUCCCACCCGCACUAGGAGCUCACAGUUGAGAGUACAUAUGUAGACAGUAGUAGACUAAUGCCCUGAACGUUGGUGUCCUCAAGUUGUGGAGGGAGCAUCCCUUAACCCAAACUGGAGGUCCAAGGGAGGCUUUCUAGAAGAGAAGCUUGAACUGAGUCUUGAAAGGGGAGCCCCUCUGGAUCAAGCUAUGCUGAAAAAUGUUCCGGAAAGGCAAAAAACGGCACAGUAGUAGCAGUUCCCAAAGCAGUGAAAUCAGUACUAAGAGCAAGUCUGUGGACUCCAGCCUUGGGGGCCUCUCUCGAUCCAGCACUGUGGCCAGCCUGGACACAGAGUCCACCAAAAGCUCAGGACAAAGCAACAGUAAUUCAGAUACCUGUGCAGAAUUUCGAAUAAAGUAUGUUGGUGCCAUUGAGAAGCUGAAACUCUCUGAGGGAAAAAAUCUUGAAGGGCCACUAGACCUGAUAAAUUACAUAGAUGUUGCUCAGCAAGAUGGAAAGUUGCCUUUUGUUCCUCUGGAGGAAGAGUUUAUUAUGGGAGUUUCCAAGUAUGGUAUAAAAGUAUCAACGUCAGAUCAGUAUGACGUUUUACAUCGGCAUGCUCUGUAUUUAAUCAUCCGGAUGGUGUGUUACGAUGAUGGUCUGGGGGCAGGAAAAAGCUUAUUGGCUCUGAAGACCACAGAUGCCAGCAAUGAAGAGUACAGCCUGUGGGUUUAUCAGUGCAGCAGCCUGGAGCAAGCGCAAGCAAUCUGCAAAGUUUUAUCCACCGCCUUUGACUCUGUAUUGACAUCUGAGAAGUCCUAAAUUCUACAGUCAAGUGGAAGUCGACCUCACGUGACACCUGUUUUCUGUAGUUUUCAAUUUGCAACGUUGAACUAUUAUGAAAAUAUGAAGUGAUCCCUUGCUCUAGAUUUUCUGAAGAAAAUACAAUGUAUAAAACAUCAAUCAUUUGUUUUUCUAUUAAAAUGUGUCUUAUUAAUAAUGA